AUGGCUUUUUUAAACAAUACUACAAACAUUACUUUUGAACCUCUUUAUCUUCCUCAACCUAUUCAAUUUAGUAUUUUAUUAGUUAUUGCAAUUUGUUCUGUUCCCUGUUUCAUCUUUGAUCUUUAUCAUUGUUUAACAAUACCAUCGAUCCGUCAUGCUCUUCAUAAUCAUGUCAUUAUUCUUUUACUGAUUUUUAAUGGUAUUCAAACAGUAACUGAUGUACCAAUUCAACUUUCUUCAUAUUAUACAGGUACCAUCUGGCCACCUACUGCCAGUUUUUGUAUCUUUGACUAUUUUAUUGAUUAUUAUCUGUUUACAAAUUGCUUUUUAUUAUUAACAUGGGCUUCAUUUGAACGACAUAUUCUCAUCUUUCAUACAAGACUCUAUGAUACAUAUCUCAAACGUCUUAUCGGACAUUAUAUUCCGCUUGGUUUCUGCUGUAUUUAUCCAUUUGUUUAUUAUAUUGUAUUUCUAUUAUUUUAUCCAUGUGAAAACUACUACGAUACGAGUAUUGGAUAUUGUGCUCCAGCUUGCUAUUUAUCUUCGAGUGAUGUGAUGGCACUUUAUGAACAGAUUGUUCAUGGAUUUGCACUUAUUUUAUUGACUUUUAUUUUUAACGUAUUGCUUCUCAUUCGUAUUUUUCGACAAAAACAACGAGUAGGUCGACAAUUAACUUGGACUAAAAAUCGCAAGAUAGCAGUUCAAUUACUUGGUGUAUGGUGUUUAUUUGUGAUAACUAACGGAGGAUUUUUCUUAAUUCAACUCGGUCAAUUAUUAUGGGAUCCCAAUUUCGGUAUAGAAGCAUCUAAUUGGAUAUAUCCAUUAUCGAUGUGCAUGCCACCACUCACCUCAUUUGUGUGUUUAGGUACUUUGAAAGAUUUAAGACAAAAGAUCAGAAUACUUUAUUCACGUCAUCGUCGAAUACUUAUAGUGCCUGCAAUUACAAAAACAGUACAAAUGAAUCGAAUAGUACCGAUAAUAUCUCGAAAUAUAUGA